AAAGUAGCACUUGUUCGCUGCCGCCCCAGAGGCCGGGGACGGAGGCAUCGGGAGCGGGCAUGGCGACGUGGUGUCAGCCGGACUCGGGUUUCUCUGGAAACCCUCCUGGUAAGAGUGGAGGAGGUGGGACACUCUGACCCCAAGACAAAAGGCCUGUAGCUCCAGCCAAAGAAAAUAAACCUUAGGAAGAAAAAAACACACCAAAAAACCCCACAAACAACAACAACACCCCCCAUCAGCUGUUCCUGAGAACAGCCUGCAGUGGAAUCGACAGAGAGGACGACUAAUGCGAGUGAGGAAGUGACUGUAUGUGGACUGUGGAGACAGUAAGUCACGUGGACCCUGAGGGCCUGGACUGGGUUAGGAACUGUUGUACUUUCAGAGGCGAGGUGUCCAGAAGGGACAAGUGAAUGUGGUCUGGAGUGUGGCCUUGGCUCUGCGGGCUGUGCUUUCCUCUGAGGCCGUCAGGGAGCUCAGCCCCUGUGUUCUGCCAGGGUGGGGUGGGGGUCUGGCAUUGAGUGGGGGGUGACUUGCUGGCUGGAGCAGCAGAGCAGUGGCCUUGAUUUGUCUUUUGGAAGAUUUAAAAACCAAAAAACAUAAACGUUGUGGUCCUUCAGCAAUGCUUUCUCUGAAGAAAUACUUAACGGAAGGACUCCUCCAGUUCACCAUUCUGCUGAGUUUGAUUGGGGUGCGGGUGGACGUGGAUACUUACCUGACCUCACAGCUCCCCCCACUCCGGGAGAUCAUCCUGGGGCCCAGUUCUGCCUAUACUCAGACCCAGUUCCACAACCUGAGGAACACCUUGGAUGGCUAUGGUAUCCACCCCAAGAGCAUAGACCUGGACAAUUACUUCACUGCCCGGCGGCUCCUCAGUCAGGUGAGGGCCCUGGACAGGUUCCAGGUGCCCACCACUGAGGUAAACGCCUGGCUGGUCCACCGGGAUCCGGAGGGGUCUGUCUCCGGCAGCCAGCCCAGCUCAGGCCUUGCCCUCGAGAGUUCCAGUGGCCUCCAGGAUGUGACAGGCCCAGACAACGGGGUGCGAGAAAGCGAAACGGAGCAGGGAUUCAGUGAAGAUUUGGAGGAUUUGGGGGCUGUAGCCCCUCCAGUCAGUGGAGACUUAACCAAAGAGGACAUAGAUCUGAUUGACAUACUUUGGCGACAGGAUAUUGACCUGGGGGCUGGGCGUGAGAUUUUUGACUACAGUCAUCGCCAGAAAGAACAAGAUGUGGAUAAGGAACUGCAAGAUGGAGUGGAGCAGGAGGACACCUGGCCAGGAGAAGGAGAAGAAGUUCUGGCACGAAACCUGCUAGUGGAUGGAGAAACUGGGGAGAGCUUCCCUGCCCAGGUGCCUGGUGGGGAGAACCAGACAGCCCUGUCCUUGGAAUUGUGCCUUAGGCUGCUGGAGGCCACCUGCCCCUUUGGGGAGAAUGCUGAGUUUCCAGCAGACAUUUCCAGCUUAACCGAAGCAGUGCCUAGUGAGAGUGAGCCCCCAGGUCUUCAGAACAACCUCUUGUCUCCUCUCCUGACGGGGACAGAGUCACCAUUUGAUUUGGAACAGCAGUGGCAAGAUCUCAUGUCCAUCAUGGAAAUGCAGGCCAUGGAAGUGAACACAUCAACAAAUGAGAUCCUGUACAAUAACCCUCCUGGAGACCCACUGAGCACCAACUAUAGCCUUGCCCCCAACACUCCCAUCAAUCAGAAUGUCAGCCUGCAUCAGGCGUCCCUGGGGGGCUGCAGCCAGGACUUUUCCCUUUUCAGCCCUGAGGUGGAGAGCCUGCCUGUGGCCAGCAGCUCCACACUGCUCCCACUGGUCCCCAGCAAUUCCACCAGCCUCAACUCCACCUUUGGCUCCACCAACCUAUCAGGCCUCUUCUUUCCACCCCAGCUCAAUGGCACAGCCAAUGACACAGCAGGCCCCGAGCUGCCUGACCCACUGGGGGGUCUGUUAGAUGAAGCCAUGCUAGAUGAGAUCAGCCUGAUGGACCUGGCCAUUGAAGAAGGCUUUAACUCUGUGCAGGCCUCCCAGCUUAAAGAGGAAUUUGACUCUGACUCAGGCCUCUCCUUGGACUCUAGCCAUAGCCCUUCCUCCCUGAGCAGCUCUGAAGGCAGCUCCUCCUCCUCUUCUUCCUCUUCUUCCUCUGCUUCUUCCUCAGCCUCUUCCUCCUUUUCUGAGGAAGGUGCUGUUGGCUACAGCUCUGACUCUGAAACCCUGGAUCUAGAAGAGGUGGAGGGCGCUGUGGGCUACCAGCCCGAGUAUUCCAAGUUCUGCCGCAUGAGCUACCAGGAUCCGUCUCAGCUCUCUUGCCUGCCCUACUUGGAGCAUGUGGGCCACAACCACACGUACAACAUGGCACCCAGUGCCCUUGACUCUGACAAGCAGAUGAGCCGGGAUGAGCAUCGAGCCCGAGCCAUGAAGAUCCCCUUCACCAAUGACAAAAUCAUCAACUUGCCUGUGGAGGAAUUCAACGAGCUGCUGUCCAAAUACCAGCUCAGCGAAGCCCAGCUAAGCCUCAUCCGGGAUAUCCGGCGCCGGGGCAAGAACAAGAUGGCAGCGCAGAACUGCCGGAAGCGCAAGCUGGACACCAUCCUGAACCUGAAGCGGGAUGUGGAGGACCUGCAGCGUGAUAAAGCCCGACUGCUGCGGGAGAAGGUAGAGUUCCUCCGGUCCCUGCGGCAAAUGAAGCAGAAGGUUCAGAGCCUGUAUCAGGAGGUGUUUGGGCGGCUGCGAGAUGAGAAUGGGCAACCCUACUCGCCCAGUCAAUAUGCUCUCCAGUACGCUGGGGAUGGUAGUGUCCUCCUCAUUCCCCGCACCCUGGCCGACCAGCAGGCCCGGCGGCAGGAGAGGAAGCCAAAGGACCGGAGAAAGUGAGCCUGGGGAGGAAGGGGGGUUGACACUCACCAAGAUUGAAACUGGAGAAGGGCUGGGCCUGGACCUGGACCUACAGUGGGGGACUUGAAUGCCUUGUUAUCCAAUAGAUCUCAGAUGGGAUGACUGUGGGUCAGUGGACAGGAAGAGGCGGGCAUAGGCACUGUCUGGCUCAGCUUCCCCCACUGGGGAAUGUCAAAGUUGCCAGACUGUCUGGGUGGACAGGGUCUUCACCCAUCCCCCUUUCCUUUGAGGGAAGGGGUGGGGUGGUGAUGACAUUGAUGGAGGCCGACAAAGGGGAAGGAAGGGACUUGUGAGAGGAGAGAAAAGUAGUAGAAAGUCUCAUUCCAGGAAGAAAUGAAGGAAAGAAAAACCAAAAAAAAAAAAAAAAUCAAAAUCAAAGCUGGAAGAAAAAACUGCAGGUUAAGAUUGAAUCUGGCCAGGAUUCCAGGCAGCAGGUUUUAGGUGGGACUAGGUCAUUGGUGUGAGUAAACCCCACUUCACUCCAGGGGAGGGGUGGAGACAGACAAGGUGAGUUCUGGGAAGGGCUUUGUGAACUCUUUCUGCUCCCACACUUUGAUAUCCAUGAAGGGGAGCUCUUAGAUAACUCCUUGAACGUUUCAACACAGGGGAGCUACCAGGACCCGACACCUGUUUAGAGGGUUAGGAUUAAAGGAUACUGAACAGGAAAGGGUCACAAGGCCCCGUAUUGCAGCAGCCCCAACACCAAGCAUGCCACUCACUGUCCCGCCACUCCAUCUCCCUGGUGCCCAGUCACCCCUGAGCUGAGGUUCCCAUGACUUCAUCAGAGCCUGCAUGCAAAUGCUGUUCUCUUCCCUGCCCCUCACCAGCUGCCCAGAGCUCUUCUGUAGCUGGGUGCUGGCAGUGCCCCCAGUAUGGGCCUACAGCCUUCUGGGGGCUGCUCUGAGGCAGGGGGGAUGAUGUGGAAAAGCCAGGUAGUAUUCAGCACAACACUGGGGAGUGACCCCUCAGACCUCCCACCAACAACUGGGCUUGUCACUGGAAAAAGCCAAAACAAAACCCAGCAACAAAAUACUAGUCCUCUUAGAGUUUCUUGCGCUUUGAUUUUUUUAGGGCUUGAGCCCUGUUUCACUUAUAGGGUCUAGGAUGCUUGUGUUGAGUAAAAAGGAGAUACCCCAAUAUUCAAAGCUGCUAAAUGUUCUCUUUGCCAUAAAGACUCCGUGUAACUGUGUGAACAUUUGGGAUUUUUCUCCUCCGUC